AAAAAAAAAGGAAAGAAAAGAAAAAACGAGUUGACGGACUUUAAUCCGUGCUUCUUUCCACUCACCACCUCGUCGAAGAGGAGAUCCGGAACCCUAGAGCACCGAUCAAAAGGAUUCGAACGAAAAGAAAUGUCAUUCACCAUGGAUUCUGGUGCUCGACGAAGCAGAGGUGGCCUCCUUGAAAGUCUGUACAAGGUGAUUAUGCGCCGGAACUCUGUCUAUGUGACCUUUAUCAUUGCCGGCGCUUUCCUCGGAGAACGGGCUGUGGAUUACGGAGUUCACAAGCUCUGGGAGUACAAUAACGUUGGGAAACGAUAUGAAGACAUUCCUGUGUUGGGGCAAAGGCAAUCAGAGGAGUGAUUUAUUCGACCAUCUUGUUGGUCUUCCGUGAGUUUAAUACUUCGAAAUUUCGGUGUAAACAUCAAGAGUUAUAUAGCAAUUUCCAUUUUUUCAAUAAGGGUUAUAUGCUUGGGUGUGGUCUUGGCUGGUAAGUCAUGGAGAUGCUGGAUCUAAGAACACUGAACCAGUAAUUAACAGACUUCUGUAUUUGCUGAAAGGACUUCUCCGUGAAUCUUGAAUUAUGAAAUUAACCAGCUCACUUUCAGAAA